CUGCAACUCGAGGGUGCCCCCGCGUGGCGCAGCACAUGGUCUAGCCCAGCAGCGACCUGACUGCCUGCUACCGGAAGGGCGAGCCGCGCGCGUGCGCAGAGCGCAACAUGGGGGCGGGGAGCGGCGGAUCCCCUCUCUUGGGUCGGUGAAGAUCAUUAUUAAGAACACUGGGUACAAUAAUGAACAUAAUGUACACAAUGAUGGCUCAGAUCUUAAGAACUCAUUGGAUAAAUUCUUCACUGAUUCUGGAUCGAGUGAAAACGCCUUCCUGUCUUAGUGUCAUUAGAAGUAGAACGAUAUCAACCCAUAAAUCCAAAAAGAAGAUCCAAGAGUAUUAUAGGCUGCUGAACCUAGAUGAAGGAUGCUCUGUAGACGAUGUCCGGGAAUCUUUUCGUAAGCUUGCCAAGCAAUACCACCCUGACAGCAGCUCUAGUGCCGCAGACUCUGCAACAUUUAUAAGGAUCGAAGAAGCCUAUAGGAAUGUGCUUUCGCAUGUGAUAGAGCAAACAAAUGCCAGACAGAAUAAAGUGGAAGAGUCAGAAGAAGAAGAAAGUUUUAAAUAUAAUACACCCCAACACCGCCAUUACUUAAGUUUUGAAGGUGUUGGCUUUGGGACUCCAAGUCAGCGAGAGAAGCAGUAUAGGCAAUUCAGGGCGGACCGUGCAACCGAGCAAGUGAUGGAAUAUCAAAAGCAGAAACUGCAAAGGCAGCAUUUUGCUAAUAGCAUAAUGGUUAAAGAUGUAAGACAGAGCAGGGAACAAAAGAUUACCCAAGCAAUAGAGCGUUUAGUGGAGGACCUCAUUCAGGAAUCAAUGGCAAAAGGAGACUUUGACAAUCUUAGUGGGAAAGGAAAACCUCUAAAGAAAUUUUCUGGCUGCUCCUAUAUUGAUCCCAUGACCCACAACCUGAACAGAAUAUUGAUAGAUAAUGGAUACCAACCGGAAUGGAUCCUGAUGCAAAAAGAAAUAAGCGAUACUAUUGAGCAACUCCGAGAGACCAUUUUAGAGUCUAGGAAAAAACUUGGGAAUCCAAUGACACCAGCGGAACAAAGACAGUGGAACCAAGUUUGUGAACAGUUUGAAGAAAACAUCAGAAAACUAAACAAGAGAAUUAAUGAUUUUAAUUUAAUUGUUCCCAUCCUGACCAGGCAAAAGGUCCAUUUUGAUGCACAGAAAGAAAUUAUCAAAGCCCAGAAAGUGUAUGAGACUCUUACCAAAACAAAAGAAGUCACAGAUGAAAGCCCAAAUGGCAAUCAGACAGAAGAGAAAACCCCUGGGGUCAAGACAGGUUUUUUAAACUGGAUAAAUCUGUGGAAAUUUAUUAAACUAUGACCACUGCA